AAAAAGCAUACGUGCAGCGAACGUCGAAGGGAAAAAUUGGAAAGAAGAACUUGAUGUUUUCCUACCGAAUUAUCGUUCAACUCCCCACUGUACAACCGGGAAACCACCUGCAGUUCUCCUUUUUGGCCGUCACAUUAGAAAUAAAAUACCCGUGCCACCAACAUCGACACCAGCUGAUGACAUACCAGUAACAGUUCGUCAACAUGAUCGCGAAAGAAAAGAGAAAAUAAAGUCUUACGCUGACGACCACAACCGAGCUUCAUCGUCCGACGUGAAAAAGGGAGAUACGGUGCUUCUCCGUCAACCUCGGCAAACAAAAUUGUCGACGACCUAUGAUCCGAAGCCGUACAUUGUCAAAGAAAAGAAAGGGCCCAGUGUGCUACUGAAACGACCCUUUGAACGACAGAUUAUGAGAAAUGAAAGUAUGAUACGUAAGAUUCCUGAUGGAAAAGACGUCGCGGAUGCUAAGAAAAGAGGACUCCAAAAUUGCGGACAACAGGUCAGCGAAGAGAAGAAACAUGAAAAGCAGAACGAGGUCAGUAUAAGAGCAAAACGGGCUAGACAGCCACCGGACUAUUACGGACAGAGCUGA